AUGGCUUCGGAAUACAAAUUUUGUUGUAAUUCACACGUUCAUGUAAGUUUAUUUUUCUAUUUAGAGUUUGUAAAUAAAGUUAUUGCGUUUUUACGGCCAAGAAACGCCAAAUUUUGGCUGUUUUCAACCAUUUUUUGCUUUGUAAACAAAGUUUUUGUUAUUUUUUCGAAACUUAAUGAAUAUUUUUCAGAACGCAGUGAUAUCCACAGCUAUUAUCAGUUUAUUUGGGGGUGGAUUCGCAUUGUUUUUCAUUAUUAUCAGCCUGUUAUGGAUGUUUUUACCCCUCCCAAUCUUGGCCGCUUUCGGCAACUUAUCACUGUUAUUGGGCCGAUGCACUCGAACCGCUUGUUUGUAUUGGGUCUACUUUAUCACACAAGUAAGUUUGUGGUUUUUACUAUGUUUAGCUGCUUUUGGUUAGGUUGUUUGGGUUUGGAUGGGCUCUGCAGCCUGCGGGUGACAAGUUAUACGGUGAAAGAUUACUUUUGUUUUUUUUGUGGAAAGAAAGUUUUUGCAAUUUUUGAAAAUGUUAAAAAGACCUUGUUAGUGGCAUUUUUAGUCGAUUUAUUUUCAAUUUUUGCAUUUUUUUUAUAAAAACCUUUGGUCUGCAACCUGCGGGUGACAAGUUAUACGAUGAAUCAAGUAUUGUAAUAUAAAGUAACAUUUUUGGUGUUUAUAUAGUCUUUUAGGUAUAAAUAAGGGUAAAAACUGGAAAAUCAAAGAAUUUUUUUCUUCCUGCCAAAGUUUUCUUUACAAUUAUUAUUUUCAGGUACUGUACAUAAUUGGCGGUGGAAUCUGGUGCUUCUUCCUCUUCGUCUGGGGUGAUGCUAUCAUUCACGACCGUCUCGAAGAGUACUUUGACGAGACUCACAAGUUCAAAAAAGGCCUUGGUGUCUACUUUACCGUCCUCGCUUCUUGCGGGCUACUGUACUUUUUGAUGAACAUCUACUUCCUUCACAUCGCCAUCAAGUCUUACAAGUACUUAACUCGAGUACUGAGUAUCAGAGACCAUCACGUUGAUACUGUGGUGGACGUGCCGGCUCAAGCACCGAUGAACGUGAACUUCGAAGGCCGUGCUUCGGCGCCAACGUUCUCACCUGAUGUGACGGCACGAUUGCCUGUGAAUGAUGUGGACUAUCAUGCCCAACCGUAUUCACAAGCACCAGCAAACUAUGAUGCACCACCGGCCUAUGAUCAACAGCAUAUGUAUCCGGUUUUGCCUCAGAACGACAAGAAUUGA